GCACAGCGUAGCGCUCAUCUCUCAGAGUCCCAGCCGAGCACAGGAGCGGAGAGAGAGAGUGAGAGAGAGAGAGAGAGGGGGAAGGAAAAGUUUGACAAAUGGAUUUCUUUACUGGAGUCAGACCUUUAUUAUUUUCAUAUGUACUCAUUAACGGCAUACUAAUAACUUUACAGACUAAAGAAGAGGUGCUAUUGGAUAUGAAGGCAACGGGAGGUGAACUGGGCUGGUUGACAUGGCCUUUAGAUCAGGGAGACAAGUCCGGGUGGGAGGUCACCCAGAGGACCCUGAACGGCUCUCAGUUCUAUACCUACUCUGUCUGCAAUGUCGGGGAACGUGAGCAGGACAACUGGCUGCGCACCACCUUCAUCCAGCGGCGUCCAUCGGCUUCGCGGGUUUUCGUCGAGCUCCAGUUCAUCGUACGCGACUGCAACUCCUUCGACGGCACCUCGCUGACCUGCAAGGAAACCUUCAACCUUUUCACGUCCGAGUCCGACGCCGACGUGGGCACCACCUUCCGCAAGGGCCAGUUUAAGAAGGUGGCCACCAUAGCGCCCGACGAGAUCACCAGCAAAAAUGAACUGCGCAUCAACACUGAGACGCGAGUGGUGGAGAACCUGUCGCGCAAAGGCUUCUACUUGGCUUUCCAGGACAUCGGGGCCUGCGUCGCUCUUCUCUCCACCAGGGUCUACUACAAGACGUGCCUGGCCACGGUGAAGAGCCUUGCGUCGUUCCCAGAGACCGUGGCCGGAGGUGAAAACCAGGCGCUGAGGGAGGUGAGCGGGGCGUGCGUGGUAAACGCCGUCAGCGAGGAGUUGCCUCGCAUCUACUGCACUGUGGAUGGGGAGUGGGUGGUACCAGUCGGACAGUGCCAGUGCAACCUGGGGUACGAAGAAGUCAAAGAUGCGUGUCAAGAAUGUCAGCCUGGCUUCUUCAAAGCCGCAGCAUCCGGUGACAAGUGUGAACUCUGUCCUGCCAACACCCAGCGGCUGGAUUCUGGGGCUUUGUUUUGCCCCUGCUUGGAUGGCUUUUACCGGGCCCCGACUGACCCCCCCAGUGGGCCCUGCUCAGGCCUGCCCUCUGCCCCACGAGACCUCGUGGCCACCACCACCCAGCUCUCCACAGGAAAACUCCACCUCUCCUGGAGCCCGCCUGAGGACACCGGGGGUCGAACCGACAUCACCUACAGCGUCGAAUGCCAGCGCUGCGAGGGCAACGUCUGCCAGCUGUGCGGAGAGAAAGUCCGCUACGAGCCGGCCAGCACGGGCCUGACCGACAACAAGGUCUCGGUGAGCGAGUUGGAUGCACACCUCAACUACACCUUCACCGUGGAGGCACACAGCGGCGUAUCGCUGUUCGCGAGUCAGGCAACGCCGCGAUCGAAUAGGCCGCCGUCCACCAGCGCUCUGACGACAUCGCUGCACUACACAGAACCCCCCAGGAUUACCACGAUGCGACUGGUUGAGAGGACCUCCACCAGCUUGUCCCUUUCCUGGGAUGUAUCCCCCCGAAUACGGCUCCAACCCCGGCCCAUCCGCUAUGAACUUACCUACCGCAAGAAGGAUGAUAACCUGGAUGUGACGACCUACAUCGUGCUCUUACUGGAGAAGAACGUUGUGCAGAUCAGCGAUCUGGCCCCCGGCACGGCCUACCUGUUCAGGGUGCAGGCCCUCGGGAGCGAUGGCAGCCCCGGAGGGUCCAGCAUUGAGGAGCAAUUUGAGACGUCGCCCGAAGGGCGCCUCACUCAAAACAACACGGCAGUCAUCUUCGGCGCAGCAGUCGUGGGAGCGGCCAUGCUGUUCGUAGUGAUCCUGGUCCUGUUCCUACGCAGACGGAAAAGAAACUCUCACUCCAGACAAGGACCAGAGGACACCUAUUUCUCCAGCUCUGAGCAAUUGAAGCCUCUGAAGACCUAUGUGGAUCCGCACACAUACGAGGACCCCAACAUAGCCGUCCUGAAGUUUGCCACUGAAAUCCACCCCAGCCACAUAACCAAACAGAAAGUCAUUGGAGCUGGGGAGUUCGGUGAAGUGUACCGUGGUAAUCUGAAGAUGCCGGGGAGGAAAGAGGUGGCGGUGGCUAUCAAGACGCUGAAACCGGGUUACACGGAGAAGCAGAGGCAGGACUUUCUGAGCGAGGCCUCCAUCAUGGGCCAGUUCUCCCACCAGAACAUCAUUCGCUUGGAGGGGGUGGUCACCAAAUGUAAGGAUUACUGUGAGUUUUGUUACUUUUUUUUUUCUAAAAAUCUUUCUCACAAUUUUCGUUCACCUGUUUUCGGGCCAGUUCAGGGACAUGAUUUGUUCUUUUUGUCUGUGUGUGCAGUCAAACAUGCCAUGAUCGUGACAGAAUACAUGGAGAACGGAGCACUGGACAGGUACCUCAAGGACCACGAUGGCGAGUUUCCCUCCUUCCAGCUGGUGGGCAUGAUGCACGGCAUCGCUGCGGGCAUGAAGUACCUCUCUGACAUGAGCUACGUCCACCGUGACCUCGCCGCCCGAAACAUCCUCGUGAACAACAACCUGGAGUGUAAAGUGUCCGACUUUGGUCUAUCCAGGGUGCUGGAGGACGACCCUGAGGGCACGUACACCACAAGUGGAGGUAAGAUCCCAAUCCGCUGGACGGCUCCAGAGGCGAUCGCAUACAGGAAGUUCACCUCAGCCAGCGACGUGUGGAGUUUUGGCAUCGUCAUGUGGGAGGUCAUGGCCUUUGGUGAGAGGCCCUACUGGGACAUGAGUAACCAUGAGGUGAUGAAGGCUAUCAACGAGGCCUUUAGGCUGCCGGCGCCGAUGGACUGUCCCUCAACUGUUUAUCAGCUGAUGCUGCAAUGCUGGCUUCAGGAUCGCUCCAAGAGGCCGCGCUUCGGAGACAUCGUCAACCUGCUGGACAAGCUGCUGCGGAGCCCAGACUCCCUGAAGAUCAUCGCAGAUUUUGACCCACGGUCUUGUCUCCCUCCCGACUUGAAACUUGACUUGGACUUCUCUCGACUGUCUCGUGACUUGACCCGGACCUGCUUAAAAACAGCGGCUCCCCGUUUACUUCCAAGUUCAAAAUGGGCCGAGUAUUUAAGUGUGUCCAUCCGCCUGCCCAGUACCAGCGGCUCGGACGGUUCCCCCUUCAGGUCGGUGUCCGAGUGGCUGGAGUCCAUCAAGAUGAGUCAGUACAGUGAGAACUUCACCUGCGCUGGGGUCGUCACCAUGGACCACGUCCUGCAGAUGAAGAACGAGGACAUUAAAAACAUCGGCGUGAGGCUGCCUGGCCAUUUGAAAAGGAUUGCCUACAGCAUCUUGGGUUUAAAGGACCAGACCAGCACCCUGAGCGUCUUUGCAGUGUGAUCGUGACAACGAAGGGAAUUCAAUGCGGGCACUGAAGCAGACGGCCCUUUGAACUCUGAGCUGAGCUGGAGGGAAACUACGGGCACGGCCUCGAAUCGGCAGGACCAAGAGACAUGUGCCAUCCAUCGGGGCCGACUGAAUCCGACUGACUUGCUGUACAUUUUUGAUUUCUUCAUCUUAUCCACACGGGAAUUGAGCAAAUAUACAACAGUAGAUGUAUCAAGUAGACUCUGUGUAUUUAGAUAUCAAUUUGUUCUCGUCUUCUGUACAGUUACAAUUCAUUCCUCUGGCAUUUUUUUUCUUUUUCUUUUUUUUUGCUCCUUGAUUUCGCAUUCCUGCUUCAAGAAAAUCAACAAUCAAGUCAGUUCUGGGAAACGUCUUCAACUUCACAAAAUUGCACCCUGUCGCAUCCAGUAUCAAACAAACAAACGUAUGUGUGGUAGUGUGUGAUAGUGUGGGCUUACGUGGAGGUUGGCGCUGAUGUGCGUCUCCCUUUUUUUUUUAGAUAGCACUUUGGCCCAUUUCCUGUCAGACCAAUGAGGAUGGAGCGUCGAUAGCUUGAGCUGGCCCAAAGUUAAAGGGACAGACAGACCUGGUGUUGUUACUGGCCUUCUGCUUGCUCUGGGCAGAAAUUAAGCUAUAAUCAUGUAAGUGAUGUUAUAUGAAAAAGAAAAAAAGAGAGGAUAUAUAUCAGGUACUCUUUGUGUACAGAUUACCAAAAAACAUUGUGACAAUUUAUAAUGUAGCACUUGGAUCUAGAAUCUCAUUGUCUUGGUUUGUCUCAGAAUUGCAUGGAUGAGGCGAUUACACACAAAAUGAAAUGGAGAAAUUGUGUGAAAUGAAUACGUUUCAAUUAGCAAGCAAUAGCGUGCCGGUAAUGAAGAGGGGAGAGGGUGCAGUUUGACAAACAAUGCAAAUGCCUCGGUUUAAAAGAUUUUUAAAAAAGAAGGAAGGAAAAAAAGAAAAAAGAUUUAAUGAUAAUGAGUCUUGUUGUGGUUGAGAUGAUUUCAUACUUAAUAAUAGUUUGGUUUGCAAUUUCAAUGUCUCAUUUAGUUUUGUAGAAGCGAUAUUGAUUCAUAUUUCUGACAUGUUGACACUAUAUUCUUUGACAAUUAGGUGGCCGGUCGCGUUCCUCGUGCUCAAAGACAUUUUGAAGUGCCGUUUGAGGAACGUUAGAGGGAAUUUGCUGUGUGUGUGUGUGUGUGUGUGUGUGUGUGUGUGUGUGUGUGUGUGUGUGUGUG